AUGUUCGGGUCACAAGGGCUGGACCUUCUGUUGGCACUGCUGCUGCCCAUGGUCAAUGCCACCUUGCCAGGCGCCAGGGUCCGACUCAACAAGGCAGCUCUGAACUAUGUGUCUGACAUCGGGAAGGCCCCACUUGAGCGAGCCCUGCGGGUCCCCGUCCCCGAUUUCCUGGACCAGAGUGGUGAGGUCCUUCAGUCUAUCAGGAUCCAAAUCCAACAAGUCCAUGUGUCCAGCCCCCACCUGAAAUUCGUGGCUGGUUUUGGGGUUCACGUGUCAGCAAUGGCCAAUUUUACCAUCCAGGUCUUUCGUGUCCUGCAGCCUCUGGAGAUGCUGCUGCCCGUGGCGCUGCAGGCUGACGUGCGCGUGGCCCAGGCCUCCAUCAGAACCCCCGAGGUCAGCGUCUCCUCCUGCUUCUCACUCUUCAGCCCGGCCAGGGUGCUAGAUGGCAGAAAUAGCUCCUUCCCCGCACUGCUGGUCCCCGUGCAGAAUCACAUUCAAGCUGUCCUGCGUAACAAGCUCUGCCUGCAAAUCUCCAGCCUGGUGCAGGGCCUCAAUGUCCACCUGGGCACCUUGAUUGGUCUCAACCCUGUGGGUCCCGAGUCCCAGAUUCGCUACUUCAUGGCAAAUGUGCCCAUCAUCACCAGUGAUUCCAUUUCCUUGGAGGUCAGGGCUGUUCUCUUCCUGCUGGGCAAGCCCCUGGCCCCGCCCCUGGAUGCUGCCUCUUUCCUGUGGCCAUGGCCUCGGGACACAACAGGUGCCCCAGCAACCGUGACCCUAUCUCAGCAGCUGUUUGACUAUGUUCUCCUGCUGAUGCAGAAGGCUGGCACUCUCAACUUGGACAUCACUGGGCAGCUGAGCUCCGACAACAAUCCACUGAACACUUCUGAACUGGGCCAGCUCAUCCCUGAGGUGGCCCACCUCUUCCUCCAGCCCAGGCCCCUGGUGCUCAAGGUCCAGCUGGGUGCCACGCCUGUGCUCAGGCUCCAUCCCAACAACGCCACCCUGACACUGCAGCCCUUGGUGGACGUCCUGGCCACAUCCUCCAACUCGGCCUUCCAGUCCCUCUUCUCCCUGGACGUGGUUGUGAACCUGAAACUUCAGUUUUCUGCAUCUGAGAUGAAGCUCCGGGGGAUGACAUCCGUGCUGGGGGGUGUCCAGAUCUCUGUGGCUACCUCCAAUGUGGGCUCCAUUGAGGUGGAUCAGAUACACACGCUCAUGUGCGCCGUGUUUGAGAAGCCUCUGCUGUACCACCUCAAUGGUAUCUUAGGCAUGGGCAUUGCCCUCCCCAGCAUGGUCAAUCUCCAUUACGCCAACCCUGAGGUCUCUGUCUAUGAGGGCUAUGUGGUGAUAUCGAGUGGACUCUCCUACCAGCACUGA